UAAGCCUCGUGUCCUUUGUGUUUUCUCUCAGUUUGUCAGUUCGUUGUGUCUCAACAUGGAGGAGAGCUACGUCAGGCAUGUGGAGCUGCUGGGCUUCGAGAAACGCCUCUUCCCCACUCAGCACUUCAUUUACAUGCUGAUGGUGAAAUGGAGCGACCUCUCUGAGAAGCUGAUCUACAGGACGUAUCCUGAGAUCCACACCUUCCACAAAUCCCUGAAGGAGAUGUUUCCCAUCGAGUCUGGUGAAAUAGAAAAGAAGGACAGAAUCAUUCCUUCGUUACCAGCGCCGCGAUGGCUCGACAGCCAGAAGUCGACAGAAACCAGACAGACGACGCUGGCAGAGUACUGCCGCCUGCUCAUCAACCUGCCGCCUCACAUCUCCCGCUGCAAACUCCUCACCAACUUCUUCAAGGUCCGACCGGAGGAUGAAAACCCGCCUGCCCCGAACACACUGAAAAGAGACGAGACGUUUGCGUUGUCCCGAGAGAUAAACAGAGGCAACACAUCAGACAUUUCCGGCCCGAUCAUACUGGACACCUACAGAGUGAUCGCAGACUUCAUCAAGACGUCCAAACACGAGCUCAACCUGCACACCGGAGACCUGGUGGAGAUAGUGGAGAAAAACCAGAACGGUUGGUGGUUCUGCCAGCAUGAGUCCAAACAUGGUUGGGUUCCUGCGUCCUACCUGGAGCCUCUGGACGGACCCGAGGAGUCGGAGGAAGCUGAACCAAAUUAUGAAGGCAAGAUGUUUAUGUUGUUCUCUCCUUUAAAUGCAUGUUCUCCCCCUGCGUGUGUUGUUAACGGUGUUGGCGGACCAGAGGAGUUAGAGGAAGCUGAACCAAGCUAUGAAGGAGAGCUGCACAUCACCAUCAACGCCUACAAGGCGGAGCAGGAGGACGAGAUCUCUCUGGAGCUGGGUGAAACCAUCGAGGUCAUUCAUAAGCUGCUGGACGGCUGGUGGGUCGUCAGGAAAGGGGAUGAAACCGGUCACUUCCCCUCCAUGUUCCUGCAGAAGGCCAGCAAGAGAGACAUAUAUGAAGUGCAGCGGGCGAGUCUGCACGGACAGAAGCCUCCACCUCGCAGGUCCACCAUCCGAAAUGCCAAAAGCAUCCACAACAAGACUCGUCAGCGGCUCACCCAGGACACCUACCGCAGGAACAGCCGACGAUACCUCCAGCAGAAGGGCGGCCGCUUCGCCUCGCCUCGCAGGAACUCCAAGAGCACAGCGAAGUCACCGCUGACGGAGAGAAAGAACCAGGACAACAUCCCCGAGCCGUCUAGCUCCAGUUCAGAGAGCGAGAUGAAGAAGGAGGCUCCGGUCAUCCCUCCCCGGCCGAGUCCAGAACUCAUCCUGGAGCGCUGCAGUGACAACACCCGCAAGAAAGUCAGCAUCAGGUCUCGCACCAGCUCCGCCACUUAGCACGGGAAACAGAACAGUCUGUUCAGAGCCUUUUUCUACCUUAAUAUUUUGCAGACAGUUUUCAUUAACUGUCCAAAAUCCAGUGGAAAGUGUCCUUUAAUACUUUUAGACUUCCUGGUUAGUCUUUAAAAAGUAUUUUUAAACACCUUAAAGAUAAAGAUAUUUUCAUUUUAAGGAAAAAAAAAGUUCAGCAAUUUCCUUCAACAGCUGAUCACUGUAGUGGAAAAUAAUGCAUUUGACAGAGACAAUGUUCAAAGGUGGACUAAUCCACAUUUGGUGCUGAGGUGAGAGUGUCGGCACAGACUGUAAAUAAACAGUUUUCUGAUGACAAGAGGACAAAUACUGAAUAUCACCCAAAGAAAGCAGAUAAAACAGUCAUUAUUAUUAUUAUUUUACUUUCUCAGUUCAGCUACCUUGUGAUUCUAGAUCCCAGCAAGACUAAACUUUGUAAAGGUCACUGUUGAAUAUAUUAUAUUUUGUUAUUUGUUUUUUUGUUAAUUUGUGCAAAAGCAAAGUGUCAAAAACAACAAUAUUCAAUAAUAUGGUAAAAGAAAAUUAUGAAUGAGGUGGAAAUUCAUAUAUAACCUCCAUAAAACGGCACGUUGUUGUUUUACACACCAGAUAUAACCAGAAUUAGUUUGGUUGGAGUAUUAUUAUAAUACUGUUUGUAGCUCAUGUGUGGAAGCAUUUAGAUUUAUUUUCAAUGUGAUCUGUAGAGCUUUGUUUUUUAUUUAUUUGCUCAAAAAAUGUAGACAUUAAAAAUAAAAGUUGAUAUUUCUGCAGUCUG